AUGAAGAAGGUCGACCACCACUUCUGCUCAGAUCUCUUCGACAGCCACGUCCACUUGCCUCCUCACCAUCUCAGGGAAGAUGGACUUGUUACUCCAGAAGUCCUCCCUUCGGAAGUUCGACACGCCAUCAUGUCGGUGAAGAAUCGUGCUCCACUCGGCCUCGACAGAAACAAGCCUGAACAUCAGAAGUGCCUACCGCCACUCCACAUCAACACACUGGCGAGGGUCUACACUAGUUAUCUAUCCGAGUGCAAGGUUCUUGAGCAGUGGAAAACUAGCAGAACCGUGUUGUUUUAUAAGAACGGAGACCCACAAGACAUCAGCAGCUAUCGUCCAAUCUGCUUACUGUCUGUCAUCUACAAGCUCUUCACAAGAGUAAUCCUAAACAGGAUAGAAAGAACAUUAGAUGAAGGACAGCCAUGCGAGCAUGCAGGGUUUCGAAAAGGGUUCACUACGAUUGACCACAUACACACGGUUUCAAAACUCACAGAAGUAUCGCGAGAGUACAAAAUGCCGCUGUGUUUCAAUUUUAUCGAUUUGAAGAAAGUCUUUGAUACAGUUGAGACUGAGACGGACUUGGACACCUUGGACAACUAA